AAAACAAAAACAACUCGUCGUCCAUUCUCGGACUCCUCCUCUGCUGUCUACCCUUUCCCCCCGUCAUUCCAUAUAUUUUUGCUCCGAUCGGUCCGUCACUCUCGAGUUCGCGCUUUUCAUUUGCCUAGAUCUCCUUGCCGGAACCCCCCAUCGCGAUCUCCGACCGAUUCUGAGGUUCCGUUUGCUUCUUGUCUUCCCCGUUUCCAUAAUCCCUUUGUUUUUCUGAAAUAUCGACCAGCUACUUCCGCCCCAUUUCUUCUCUAGGUUUUGUACGGAGCAGUUGAAGCCUGUUUAAUCUCAGGUUGCAUUAAUUUUGGUUGAAUGACCUUUCUGCAACUGUUCAAUCAUGACGUCAAGUAUGUUGACUGGAGAACGGAGAUGGACAUCAACCAGACGAGGUGGGAUGACUGUUUUAGGAAAGGUUGCAGUUCCAAAACCUAUAAACUUACCGAGUCAAAGGUUAGAAAAUCAUGGUUUGGACCCAAAUGUGGAAAUUGUACCCAAGGGUACACUCAGUUGGGGCAAUAAAUCAACUUCAUCUGCAACAAAUGCAUGGGGUUCCUCAUCAGUUUCUCCAAAUACAGAAAGUGCUUCUAGUUCACCAAGCCAUCUCUGUGGUCGCCCUUCAUCUGCUGGUGGUGGCACUCGUCCAUCAACUGCUGGUAGUGACAGGUCCCAUGAACCUCAUGGUAAUGCGUGGGGCCCAAGUUCUAGACCGUCAUCUGCCUCUGGGCCUGUGACAUUAAAUCACGCAUCACUCGCAUCCUUACGCCCUCAGAGUGCAGAAACUAAGUCUAGUAGUUCACAAUUGUCACGAUUUGCAGAGACUUCUGAAAAUCCAGUGGCUUGGAAUUCUGCUGUGACUACAGAGAAAGUGGGAACAAUGCCAUGUAAGAGUGAUGGGUUUUCUUUGACAUCUGGAGAUUUUCCUACGCUGGGUUCAGAAAAAGAAUGUGUAGGAAAGGGUGCCGAGUCACAAGAUAAUAUGUCCAAUGGAGGAGCAACAAUGAAAGAGAUGACUGGAACUUCGGCAAUGGAUGAUCCUGAAAAUGUAACUGCAAGUGUUUAUACUUUGAGAAGUGAUAAUCUUCCACACAACGAUGAGGGAUCUAGGCCAAAUGCAGAGAAAUGGGUGGGGCAUCCCCAACCUUACCCCGGUGCAAAUAUUCCUCCCCCACGUUAUGAUGGCUGGCAUGGAUCUCCAGUAAACAAUCCUCAAGGUGGUGUAUGGUAUAGAGGUCCUCCACAAGGAGGUCCGCCGUAUAGAACUCCAGUUGCUCCUGGUAAUUUCCCUAUGGAUCCAUUUCUGUAUUAUCCUCAGAUUCCCCCUGGUGGCCUUCCAAAUCCCCACGCUCCUCAUGGAACUGGACCCAGGGGUCCCCAUCCUAAUACUGGAGAUAUAUACAGACCUCCUAUGCACGAUGGUUUUAUUCACCCAGGUGUGUCAAUUAGGCCUGGAUUUUACCCAGGUCCAGUUACCUAUGAGGGGUAUUACCGUCCUCCCAUGGGCUACUGUAAUUCGAAUGAUAGAGAUGCUCCAUUUAUGGGAAUGCCUGCUGGGCCUUCUGGACCUUCUGGGCCUGCUGGUCCUGCUGGUCCUGCUGUUUACAACAGGCACUUGGGCCUGGGCAAAAGUGCCUCUGAGCCUGCAAGUUCCCAUGGCUUAUCCAGUGGACAUGGUUCUAGUGGAAAGGCUUUGGUUCCAGAACAAGUAGAAUCUGAUCUUCCUUGUGAUAAUCAAGGACCAUACAAGGUUCUGAUGCAGCAGGGAAACUUGAAUGGUAAGAACGAAGAAGAAGAAAAUAGGGUAAACCCAACAACUACUAAUCAGUUGAUUCUUGAGAAGGCUGACCAACAGAGGGCGUCUCCAUGGGAGAAUGACUGGGAUCAUAAAAAGGAAGUUGAUGCGAGGAAAAGAACAUUUGGGGUGGAACCAUUUGCUCAGGCUUCUGCCAGCCAUAAAGCUCAAUCUUCUGAAAAUAUUGAAGGGAAGUCCUGUGGAAGCAUGAGGACUGGUGAUGGUUUACUAGAAAAAUCAGAUGCUGCUGCUUCUGGUUUCUCUGAAGUUUUGAAAUCACUGGCUCCUGCCACAAAAGAUUCAAGUCUGAUUCAGAAGAUAGAGGGACUAAAUGCCAAAGCCCGGGCUUCUGAUGUGCGACAUGAUGAUGCACUUAUUUCCAGCAGGGAGGAGUCAAAUGAGCUUCAAUCUAAAGAUAAGCACUCUGAUCAUUUUUUUGCCCAUGAAGCUGGUGUGAGUACUGUUCUUCCUCAAAAUAGGGAUUUUAAUGAAGUCAUAGACCCUGCCUCCUGUGAAUUGAGCUUGUCCACUGGUGAUAGGAACGUUAAAUUAUACAGUGGAGCACCCGUUCACAGGAGGUCUAACCGUGGAAUGCAAGGGAGAAAUGAUCACCAUGGUCGAGGAAAAGUCAAUACGCAAGAGGUUGAAGGGUGGCAUAAAAGACCCAUAUUGGACUCCCCAGGCAUGAUAGCUACUCCCCAGGAAAGUUCUGUUCUUGCGAGAGACCACAGCGCUUUAGGGGCUAUUGAUAAGGCGGAGUCAUUUCCUUCUGAUAGCCAUGGAGAUGUACCUGCCCCAUCCGUAGGUGAUUCAAAAGAUAGUCAAGCUCAGCGUACAAAGAUGAGAGAGCUAGCAAAGCAACGCACCAAACAACUGCAGGAGGAAGAGGAGGAAAGGACUAGAAAACAGAAGGCCAGGGCCUUGGCAAAACUUGAAGAGUUGAACAGGCGUACAGUAGCAGGGGAAGGGCCAACUCAGUGGUCUGAAAAUGCAUCUAAUGAUGCCAUUAGAAAUAAGAUAGAAGAACCUCGAAAUGUUGGUAACCCAAGAACGAUUGAUAUGAUAUCUGGAGAGCAUAACACAGUUUCUGAUCUGCACGUGGUUGCUAACAAUAGUGAGUCAACUAUGGGCACUAACAAGAAUUCUCCCAUUGUAUCAGAAAAUACAUCAUCGAAGAAUCAGAGUAGUGGCAAUAAGGAAAAGGUUGUGGCACCUAUUGAAUCAAGACCUAUUGAGCAGGAUGCAGCUCAAAAUAAGAACGUCUCUGAGGUAAAUGGGGGCGGUGCAUCCUUGAAGCACAAGCGUACAGGAAAUAAACAGAAACCAAAUACUCCAUCUGACAAGACUGAAAAGCUUCCCCAUUUAGUUAAGGAAUCGAAAAGUCAGACCGUUGUUGCUGACAUUCAUUCAGUUGUAGAGGAGUCGAGCAAUGUUACUACAGAUCCUGUUGCUGAAUCUUCGACACCUACAAGAAAGAAACAUAACAAGAGUGGGAAGAACAAGCACAAAGUGGAAGAGGCCUCAAUAUCUACAUCAUUACCCCAAGUUUCAAAAGAAGCAACUCCUACAACGGAAUAUGAUAAACAAACGGCUUCCCAAUCAGUAAUGAAUCCACCUUCAGAUCCACAACUGCCCAUUAAUAGAGAUGAUAAUCAGUUCAAUUUGCAGCAACCUCUGUUGCCAGUUGUAGAGACACAUGGCAAAGGUAAUGGUCAGUGGAAGUCUCAGCAUUCUCGCAGGAUGCCGAGAAAUGCACAAAAUAAACCAGGAGAAAAAAUCCACGGCGGUGAUUCUGUUGUCUGGGCCCCAGUGCGAUCUCUCAACAAAUGUGAAGUUUCCAUUGAAGCUGUUCAGAAGAAUGAAGCUGAGGCUGUUGCUUCAUCUGUAAAGAUUGAUAACCAAGUGCAGAAUAUACCAAAAAAUAAGAGAGCUGAAAGGGAGAUAUACGUACCGAAGCCAGUAGCCAAAGAAAUGGCACAGCAAGGAACCUUCCAUCAAGAUUUUUCGCCCAUGAACCAGGCACCAGAUGAUAAUAAGGCAGAUUCGAGUUCUCAAAGCUCUGAUAAUACUCGAUCCAGUGUUGCUGCUUCAGGUAUGGGAUUUUCCACAGACCACAGAAAUGGGGAUGGUAGGCACCAUAAACAAAGCAAGGCACACGCCUCAUGGCGGCAACGGGGAGGAGCAACCGAAUAUGGGCAGGGUUUACAAGAUCAAUCAUCUUAUGCUUCAAAUGCUGGUAGUUAUGUUAAAAAAUCAAGUGAGUAUCAAGUACCUGAGAAGCCUGCUGGAAACUCCACCAAUGAGUUCGUGAGUCAGAUUGAUGAGUGGGAUCCACCUGAAGGGUGGAAUGAUCCCAACUACUCCGCCUCUACCCCACCUGUCACUGCUGUCCUUGGAAGAGACCAGGGAGUGACUGGCAGGGGAAAACGAUCCCAAUUUAAGGGUCACAAGGGUAUUGGGAACAAUUAUGAUCUAAAUGAAAGGAAACUUAGAAGUGGAGACCACGAAAAAAUUUCCUCUGAAUCUUCGAUGCCUGAAGUGGAUCAAAAGGAUGCAUCAGCUGCUGCUAAAGAAAGUCGGGGUGUCGGGGAACGUUCAACAUCUCAUUGGCAACCCAAAUCACGGAUGGUUCAACCCCACAAUCAUCAAGGUAGCAAGGCUAGAGGUGAUCAAAAUGUUGAUGCUGAUGCUGCGCAAACUAAUAAAACGGGAUCUAGUCUAUCUUCACAUGGCACAAAGACGAGUGAUGGUGUGACCCAAAAUCAUGAAGAGGGAGCAAGUGUUGGGCAUCAUGGGUUCGGGGGAGAUAAGAAAAUUUCUUCCCGUAAAGACCGUCCAUACUCCCCAACCCAAGGUCCAAUCCAUAAUGAAGAGGUUGCUCCAGCAAAUUCAGAUGUGAGACGCCAGCAACAGUUGCCUUCAUUUUACCAUAAAGGUAAUGAGAUCAAUAACCGAUUUGGAAGAGGGUCGGAGUCUCGUCGGGAAAGGAAUUUGUUUCAAUAUCAUAAGCAGCAGCAGAAUUUUCCACCUGCUAAUAGGGACAGGCAAAGACAAAAUUUGCAGUACGAGUACCAGCCAGUUGGGCCACACAAUGGAAAACCAAACAUGGAUAGACCUAAGGAUAAUACCACUCAGCAUUCAGGAUCAAGGUACAUAGAGAGGGGCCAAGGCCAAUCCAGAAGAGAUGGUGGGAACUUUUACAAGCAGGAAGGUGGAGGACCAGUUUGAUUAGAUAUCUUCAUAUUUAGCAUAAUCUGGAGAUUCCAAUUACAUUUUCUAUAUUUGAUCCGUACCACCCCGGUUUAUACGUAGCAGCUUGAUCUUCUAUGGAUCAUCAGGGUAGUAGGAGCCAUAUUUGACGGUGCAGGAGAAACUGUUUGAAGUUGGAUAGAGUUGCCCGGACUUGUUUAUUUUGUAGGCUAUUCUGAUGUGAACAGUUCAAUUUGUGCUCACAAGUUACAUGUUGGGACGGACCCUUCACAUAAUUGUUUUUUUUUUUUUUUUUUUUUUUUUUU